ACCUGCACGGGUCCACAUGUCAAUAGGCCCCACAAUAAAUUUUUUCCUCGUAGCUUCAAAAACUUGCCUGGUCACCCGCAACAGAGCUUCUUCUUCCUCUUCUUCCCAAUAUCCCAAUCGAUGGUAUCUUCCGUUGUUCUCUGCCCUCUCCCCCCCUCUCCCCCCCCGGCGCGCGGCUGCGGGCGACAUGGUCGACGAGGCCGCGCCCGCAGGAUUGGGAUGCUCAACAGCCGUGCCGUAGCUAGCAGCUCGCAGCGCGAUGGCUGGAUAUGCCUUGGUUAGUCUCAAUUUCUUCCUCUUCACUUCCUUCUAACUGCGGGAAAACGCACCGCUGGGUCGUGUCGCUCCCCGAUGGAUUAUCAGGAUGACAACCAACAUAAACAUGUCUUCUUUUCCCAACUGAAUCGACCAUGAGAGAAGCUCAGUCUGUUCGGGCAAUGCCACAUCGGCGGCGCCUGUUACUUGCCAGUAUACUUUGUCUGAUUUCCCCUCCCUAUGAGCUCUGUGCCUCUGAUACUCAACCCUCUCCCUCCAGCGAUGGCGAGGGCACUGGACGCAGAGGCCUCUGCUAUCAUAGAAUGGGGGUAUCCAGAAGGGCCGCUCGCCCUCGUUUUUUUCCCAAUCCGGGGACGUCGUUCUCUAGCUAACCCAACCCCCAAGUAUGCAUAUGCGACCGGCAAAUCAUCUACACGGCUUCUCCAAGAGUAAGAUAUUUCAACCGCACCCUCGGGCCAUCAGCUACCGUCGAUCGCGUUUCGCGAUGAGUAACAUGAACCGUUGCGUGGUCAAACUCCGUAUCGUUAGAUAGAGAUAUAUUCGCAAUCAACAGUCCCCUUAAAACUCCUAGC